AUGCCGCUGGCUUCGCUGGUGGGGCGGCGCGUGGCCAUGGACCGGAGAACCGUGGUGUCCGACCGCACGGUGGCCGUGGCCGACCGCGACGUCCGCGACGUCCGCGUCGUGGCAGCACCGCGUAGCGUGGUGCAGCGACCAGUGCAGCGCCCAGUGCAGCGCCCUGCGCAGCGUCCGGUGCAGCGUCCGGUGCAGCGCGCUGCACCCCGUGCACGACACAUGGCGGAAGAAAGAAUGAAAUGA